AUUCUGUUUGUCAGUAAUUAACCACGAGACCCAACAUAAACCCCAAACCACUAUCCUUUCUCCUCUUACAUCCAAAUUGAAUAUUCAGCCACCUUCCAGAUUUCCAACAUUCUCAUAAUAAUAAUCUCUGGUCUUUCUGAGUAACGCUCGGACUUGAGAAGAUCUCUGGUAAGUUCUACCAGAGAAGAGAUUUGCAUUUGGAAUGAUUUAAUCCAGGGCUUCAACAUCAACGACGUUCUGCACAAAAUCCACAGAGAUGUAUUCUGUUCUCCGCUCGACUACUUUACAUCACUUUCGGUUUCUUCGCGUAACAGGGGCACAAACGCCCAGAGGGUUGACGCCCAUCAGAUGUCACGAGCUCAGGGACCCAAUUCCGCCUGCACUGCUAACGUUCAAGGAUCCUCGAGCGUUCCAGUCUAAGAGCUUUUGGGAACUUAUACGAGCACUUGGGGUUUUUAAACUCUGCUCCUACCCUGUGCUGGUCAAUAACUGUGACAAGCUUAUGUCCCUCACGCGGGCCGUCCUGGGCAAAAGAGUAUUCGCCGCGGUCCUUCGGCCGUUUGUGUACGCUCAGUUUGUUGCCGGGGAAACAGAGAGUGAGAUCGCAGCAUCCAUGGAGAAGAUGAACUCUCUAGGACUACGUCCAAUGUUGGCUGUUCCCAUUGAAGAGGAUUUAGGAGAAAGCUCUGGAGAGAAGAGGUAUGAUGACAACUUGGCAGCCAUGUUGGAGUGUGUGCGCAUGUCUCAUAGCAAUGCCUGGAGCAAAGAUCCCAUGAUGCAGCUGAAAAUAACAGCCUUGAUCAACCCCGAGCUUUGUGUUAAGUUGACGUCCUUGCUGAAGAAGCACCAUUAUGAUCUUGACCUCGUGGUUAAAGCUAUGGACGGAGAGUUUAUUACAUUUCCUGGACUGAGUGAAACUGAAAACACACAUGUUCUACUUGGACUCAACAGACUAAACCGAAUCGGAGAGGCAAGUGUUAACAAAGUCAGGGUGCUAGUGGAUGCCGAGUACACGUUCAUGAAUCCUGCGCUCUCGCUCGUCACUAUGGCCAUGAUGAAGAAGUUCAAUCGGGACAGCGCCUGGAUCUGGAACACUUACCAGUGCUACCUGAAGGAGUCCAGAGACCUCGUUUUUGAUGCUAUCCGUGUGUCUGUGGACCAGUCUUUCUGCCUCGGGGUUAAACUUGUCCGAGGUGCAUACAUGGACAAGGAGAGGAAGCUGGCGAUCAAGGAAGGACGAGAUGACCCGAUUCACCAGUCCUGGGAGCACACAAAUGACAGCUAUAACGGGUCUCUGGAAGUGAUGCUUAACCUGAUUUCACAGCAGCCUGACCGCUACAAGAUCAUCGUUGCCACUCAUAAUGAAGAAUCCGUCAGAAAGGCAGUGACAUGGAUGACCGAGUUAGGGAUUGCUCGAGAAGGGGGUUCGGUGUGUUUUGGUCAGCUUCUGGGGAUGUGCGAUCAUGUAUCCCUCACUCUGGCUCAGCAGGGUUUCCCUGUGUACAAGUCGGUGCCUUACGGCUCAGUGGAAGACACCUUGCCGUAUCUGGUCCGGCGGGCUCAGGAGAACCGCACCGUGCUGCAGGGGAUCCGCAAAGAGAGAGAUCUGCUGAGGCAAGAGCUACGUCGUAGACUCCGGGAGAAGAUCACUGGAGCCAAGUAAAGAGAGGGAGAAAGAGCAAAAACAACAAAUCAGAGAAGGGUUUGAGGUAUGAAUGUGGUAGGAAUCUGACAAAAAAAAAAGCGACUAUGGCAUUCUUUUGGAAAAUUAAUGGGAAUUUAGUUAAACUGCUAGUUUUUGCUAGCUGACUUGAAUUGAAGUAAAAGUACAGAGCAAUUGGUACAAAAAAAGAAGAGAAAACGUGAUUUUAUGUUAAGUGUUUUUAAUAAACAACCAAGAGGUAUGGUUUGUUAAAUGUAACAAGACUACUGUAGUAUGUAUAACUCUCGACGUGGUGUUUUCCUACAAACCUCUACUUAAAGUGUGCCUCGGUUUAUUGUCCGCUCGUAUUUCAUCAGCUUGUAGGCUUCUGAAUGUUGUUUUUCCUCAAAGAUUUGUUUAUCUAGCCUUCCAGUGUUUCUCCAAUCCACUGCAUGACCAAAUGGAGAGAAAGAAGAGAGGAGGGCUGUGCAGUCAUUAUCACCUGCUCUUUAAUGACUUUCAGCAACACAGCCAGUUCACUCUCAUUCAAAACCUGUUCCUGAGCAAAUGGGCUUGCACUCUUUUCUUCUGCAGGAUGACAAAUAUACUGAUGAGAAAAGAAAAAAGUGCAACAAUUCAAAGUUUCAAAGUUAUAUCAUAGUGUAAAUAAAACCAAAUAAAAAUUUGCGCAACAAGAAAUCUGUGACAAACGUGAACAUCUACGAGUGCCAUCCACAGUUUUUUCAGGACCUUGUGUGAGUGUCCGUCAAAACCAGUUGAAUCCCUAGGGGUCGAGAACCGACUCUCUUUCUGAAGGAGCUAAAGGAGUGGCGGAUCGCACAGACGGUUUCAACAUAUGCAUCUCCUUAUAUAGUCUAUGGGUCUUCAUCGAUGCUCCAGGGCCGGAUCUAUGGGGUACCUUUAAUCCUUGUAUGCAAAAUGACACUGUCUGAAGUGUUCCAAUUCAUUCACCUCACUUCUCAUGACUUAUGAAGUCUUAUAGAAGGUACAAAAGAAUGUUUAGCCCUCAAAAUCUGGUGAAUUAAAGGAUUGUUUAUGAAAUAUUCCUCUAAUCUGUUAAACUGCCAUGUCUUAAUAUCUGUAACAAAUCAAAGUCUUUCUUUAAAAAAAUACAAAAUCUAGAAUGGGGUUCAAAAAUUUAGUAAGAACUUGUCAGGGUCAGAGUCAAUCUGGAGUCUAUCCUGGAACACUAGGUGUGAGGUGGGAUGCCAAUCCAUUGCAAGGCACUAAUUGCACAAACACUCACACACUUUUUAACACCUAAGGGGCAAUGUUUGUGUUUGUUGGAGGACUCGGAGGAAACAUGGAAUGCCCUGAAGCUGUGAAUUGGCCAGACUACAUGCUGCUUGACACAUUUUACUUGAAUAGAUGAUUUUGGUGGAGAAAUAGCGGAGUUCAUAUGUUUAACAUGAAUUAAAGGUUGUACGUAAUGCUAAUUUGAAUAUAAACUGAAGAAUGUCUCAGUGUUUUCUGUGUGCAUGAAAAUGUUUAGAAGUAAAAUAAAAAUGAGUUAAUUGUG